AACUUGGCUCUGACUUGCUCUGACGCUGACCUCCACCCCUUUCGAGGGUAUUUUCCUCUUUUUUCCUCCUACUGCCUCCAUCUUUGUGAUGGAAGUCCCCGCAAGUGCACCGCAAAUACGAUCCCGAAUUACCGUCGUCUGCGCAGAGUGCAAACGUCUGAAGCUCAAAUGUGACCGAAGAAACCCUUGUGGAAGUUGUCUCAAACGAGACACGGUUUCAAGAUGUAUUUACUCAGCUGCAGCAGCUGAGAAAGUGGACCUUCAUUCUCUGAACAAUCGUCUUAUCCAAGUUGAAACCAUGCUGGCCCAAAUAACUGCAGGUCAAUUUCAGCCAUGCUAUCCAUUCAGCUUUCCCAACUUGACGACGAACGCAACACCCUCGUCUUCGACAGUACAGCCAUCGACUAACAUCGCACCUCUGUCAUGUUCCAAAGUGAAUUCCCUUUGUUCAUCCCUUGCGAUACCUCUGGAAGAUCUCGCCGCUACUUGGCUCAACGAUCUCAAUGUCCCCUAUUCAUCCCUCCUUCCGAGCCCCAAACGAAUGAAACCAUCUCCCUCAGAGGUCAAAGUAGAACCCACUCCCAUACAAUUGAACAAACUCCACAUAACUCCAGAGUCCAACAAACCCCCGGUGCAGGUAACGUUGCCCCCCAUAUCUGCCUACUACUCAUCUGCGGGCGGAGUAGCGUCAACUGCACGGCGCCCGAGAGUCACCAUGGAACUACUUGCAAUGCUGCCCCCACUUGAGCGCUCGCAAUUAGCGGAGCGCUUUUAUCAAAAUCCGUUAGGCUCGCCUCCCCGACAUCGUCCGCAAAGUCAACCUUAUUCUUCCCCCAGUGUUCAUUAUCCUGCGCCACUCACCCUUGAACAAAUCCUUGCCCUAGCUGAACAAACUUUAACACAUAGUCAUCCCUGGAUGAACUGGACAGUGUUCCGGGAGCGUGCCCAGGCCUUCGUUUCCCGAACCUCAGAUUAUUCCGCGAACUCUGGUUUGGAGAACCGAGAAAAGGACAAACAACGGGAGGAGAAAGAAAGGGAGAGGGAGAGGGCGCUCCAGAUCUUUGGAGUCGCGCAGUCCUCAACCUCGUCUCCUCACCCAUUUCUCGGCAAAAGGGCAACUGGUGGGUCACCCUACGGUUCAAGAUCCAAAGACGUCAACUCGAGGAAGCAAACAAGCGAAGCAGACAUGGAAGGAGAGGCUUCCCUUGAACUAGGGAAUUUACCCUUCUUCGCAUGGCUGUGCAUAGCCAUUGCUAUUGGACUGGUCGAGGCCACCAAGGAAAAGCAACAACAUUCAUCUACUUCACACGAGGAAGAUAGAAUGGAUGUUGACUCGGCUCAAAUGUCCAAUCCUACAUCCUCCCAUUCGCACACUAUCACCCCCUCGUAUGCAUCCCCCACUUCAAACCCAUCUUACUGGUAUCAUCUUAGUGCUCAGGUGCUUUCGGUGUGGGAGUCUGAUCGAGGUCAGGAUGAUGGUAAUGACGACGCGCAGCAGUCCGAGGAGGAAGUGAUCGAGAUAGACAUAAUCUCAGCGCUCCUUCUACAAGUCGCCUUCUUGGCGAAAACUGGGCUGGGCGAUCGAGAUGAGAUCGCAGAAAAAAUGGAGGAUGACGAUGAGCUGUCGGAAGGGGCUGCUGGGAAAUCAAUACAGAGGAAGAGCAAUCUACGGACAGCAACAGGCAAAGUCAUAGUUCCUUUAAUCGGAAGGAUUGUUGCCAUUGCACGACAGAUAGGGCUCCACAUCGACCCGGACGAUCUUGGUGAACCAUCGGUCGAAGGAUCUGCACGACGGAAAGACAAAGAAAGAGAUGGUGGUGGAAAGUUCAAGGAGAAGGACAAAGGAGACGAUGUACUGAGUUGCGGACGGAAACGAAGGAAGAAGCCGUUUUCCUUGUUCCAGGGAGAGAUGAGGAGACGAAUGUGGUGGAGUGUCAUGUAUUACGAUCUUUUGAUCUCAGACAUCUCCGCGCUACCCCCUCUUCUGCCUUUGCCCGACUCGUUCUCUACAAAGCAACCUGUGUACAAUGUUGAUGACAGGAUCUUUGGACCUUCAUCUUUGCGUAUCCCCCCUCCAGAAGAAGGCGGGCCCGACGGACAGUCGUGGUCAAGGAACAGUAUGAGGGCAUUGCAGGUCAAAUGCGAAGUCGUCAAGGUUGUGAGAGGAAUCAAGUCGAGAGUCAGUUCGCCCCGCUUUGGUUUGGGGGUGGCCCCAGGCCCCGCCGGGUACUCGAUUGAGCAGGCGGCUUCGAUGGAAGGAGAAGUUAAGAAUUGGAUGGCCUCUUUACCAGACUUCUGGAAAGUCUCUACAGGGAAGAAAUACAUCGAGGAUGAGGAAGAAUUAGACGAACUUAUGGAAGACCACGAGAUGCAGGAAUCGAGAGGAGAGGAGCUCCAUGAAGUCGAAGUCAUCCCGAAGGCAAACGAGGACCCUCUGCUCACAGCUCAACGUUGUGAACUCGCCAUCAUAGCUCAGCGAUUGGUUCUAAGGAUUUAUCUUCCAUUCCUCCAACCCCAUAAAAACGCCACAACGCCUCAUCAAGCGAACCUUGGGAGCAUCAAUGCAGCACAUGGGAUCAUCGCUGCCUGUCAAAUACUUUCCGGUCAGAGGGGAUCGCAAAACUCUUCGAUGUUCGACUUUUACCCCUUCACCAGGACUGUAUUUGAUGCUGCUGUGAUCUGUGCACAUGCUGCUGUUAAGCAGCCACUCAGUAUCCUGGUUGAUCCAGCGUUGCAUGAUGUCGAUAUAGCCCUGGGCUUGUUGAAGCGAUGUGCUAGGGACAGUCACGCACAAGGAUUGCUCGGCGAGGAGUACAUUCUGGCACCAAGAGAAGCUGUGAGGAUCGUCGAGAAAUUGCGACGGAAGGCUGGGGCUGGAGGGGAAGAAGGCUUGAUUCCUAUAGCGAGUUCAAGUUCUCCACGGUCGGAUGGACAGAGUCCAUCGUUAAAGAGGAAGCAUGAUAAUGAUUGUGAUCCACUUAACUCUGACGAUGAAGGUGGCGAUCGGCAUCCUCAGUUGGUCACGGUUUCGUUACAAUCUGGACAUGCACAAUCGUGUUAUCCUUCCUCAUCCAUCCGCUUCAACCCGGCGUAUGUCUACCCCGCUAUCUCUUCGUCGGAUGAGAAUUCCUCUCAUACGACGUCUCCUACCACCACCACCUCUACCACCUCUUCAGUCGCUAACAACAACUUUAACCACACGCCGAUCAACGACGCGAACCGUCCUCACAUUACGGGCGGAGAGCCAGUAUAUUCCGGUUCCUCGGCAGACGUGGACAGACAUGAAUCUUACCCGGUGCCACCACCACUGCCGCCUGCUGUCUCAGCGCCCAGUCGUAAUCCUACCAUGUCGCCUCAUCAUGUAUCGACGCCGGAUAAAGAACACAAGAAACCGACGAAAAAACCCGCAUUCGGGCUUCGCGUGCGGGGCCCUAAGGAGAGCACACCAUCGAAAGCAGUGGUAGCACCAUUCACUCAGGCGCCUCAACACCAAAACCAGCAACAACAUACUCCACAUCCGCCUUUCCAGCCACCGCCGAUGUCAGUAGCUCAGGAACAGCAUCAGCAGGCGUAUCGAUCAAGGUCGUCCUCACUUUCCCAGUCUUUCGCUGCGGGACACACACAUCUUCCGCUUAUGGUCAAACAAGAAGCGCCAAUGUCUACUCCCGAGGUGUCAGGGUAUUCGGAAGUUCAUCAGCAUGUUCCGCCCGGUUCUUCCACGAUGACGCAUCAGAGGAAUGGUGUUAGCGAUUUCGCUCGAAGGAAUUCUAUCCAGUACCCAGGAACGUCGAUGACUGUUCAAAACCCUCCCCCCCAGCCCCCUCAACCGCCAUUCUCUUCAUCUUCACCUAACUACGAUUCCCACCCACAUCAGUCUCAGCCUUACCACACACAGCAGCCCCAGAUUUUUACUCCGCCGCGCAAAGAUUCCUUCGACGCCGGGUAUUCCGGUCCGUACAGUCACGGAAAUACCAUGGCCACACCCACUUCGAACUCGCCAUAUCAUAACACCUCUGGUCCAUUUACCGCAUCCUCCACUCCCUUCACACCGGCCGCAGCUUCGAGUCCAAGGCAGGGGUAUUAUGUUCCCGGAUAUCCGUCCACGGCGAAUACUCCCAGCGUUGAUGGCCACAAUCCAGCAGAUUCAGGUGGGAAUGGCAGGGCUGGUGGAGGGUAUUCAAACGAGUCGCCGUAUGGGCCGACGAUCUAUGAUGUGAAACAGACGUCGGAACCGUUGGAAUACCAUCAACCGCAGCACCAAGAAGUAUAUGACGGAUACCAUGAUAGUUCCAAUACACAACCACCGACGCCUGCGUCUCCUCCGUCCCUUGCACGGGCUACCCAGCCAAUAAUGACAUCGCAACCUUGGCCAUCGACUGGUACCACACACUAUUGGAAUGGCGGCCCCGGAGGCUGGAACAAUUCAUGAAGAUCCUCAUCAUUUUACUCUAUCUGUUUUGCAUCCAUAUGCAUAUCUCGCUCUGUUCUGUUGCAUGGCUAUACUUCGUCUAUCCCGUCCUCCUCUCAUUCCAUCCUAUCUAUCUGGAGCUUCUAUUAUUUUGUGUUGUUUCUCUGUCGUUAUGUAUCAUAUCAUAUUGGCGAAUUGUUCAAGCUUACCGAUACCUGCUAGCUGUUUCCCGUCCCGUUCUACAUUCUUGAUCGAUUUAUAUUUCCAUUCCUAGACAUGUUUUCACGACUUCGUUCACGAUUAUGGUAUAGUAUUUAGUGGUUGUUAGUACGAGUCACGACAAGUACACUACCUCACUUUUUAAAUAUGUUUUUUCGGCUAUCUAUAUAAAUUAGAUAUCUUCCGUUUCACACACUGCACGUAACGAAAGGGCAAUCCUCUCAAACUCA